AUGCGUGGGAUGUGGACUGCCCCGUGGGCUCUACUAAUUUCCACGGCCCUUGCCCAGCAGCCUGCUGGCAUUCGAGGAUUCACAAGCUAUCCUGGUCUCACCGAUGGUUGCAAAGAAGCCUUGUCGACUAAUGUGUCCUGUCCGGCAUUUCUGCCCGUUGUGUCCCCAGACAACUCUCUUCUGGAUGGUGAUCAAGUCGAUGAACUUUGCGUCGACACCUGCUAUAGUUCUUUGAAAAGCGCCAGAGCAACCAUCAAGGCGGCCUGCUCAGAGACCACCGAUGUGAUCGUCGUUGAGGAUGUAGCUUAUCCAGCUACAUUUAUCGCUGACAAGUACAUGUUGACCUAUGACAUAUCUUGUCGGAAAGAUGAGUCCGGGGGUUACUGUGACCCGCAAUUGCUCUCCUGGUCCAACGGGUCUUGGCCUGUUAAUGGUUCUUGCUCGGAUUGUUGGCUGGGGACAUUAGAGACUCAAUUAAACAGCCCCUUAGGGUAUGAUGAGGGCGUGGCGGACAGCUUCACUUCUUUGACGUCGAGCUGCAGCGCCACGGGUUACUCAGUCACUUCCCCAACUGCGUACGCGCUUAAUGCAACUGCGACUGCAACCAGCUCGCCUGCAACCAGCUCGGCAACAACCAGCUGCGAAAACUAUUAUCAGGUGAAGGAAACAGACGACUGUAACUCCGUGGCAAAGUCGCUGGGAGUCUCUACAUACUACCUACUGCAAACCAACGACUUGGAUCUCUACUGUCAAAACUUUGCGGCGAAAGUCAACCAGACACUCUGUGUCCCCUCGCAGUGCACCACACACACCUGGCAGGCUGAUGACACUUGCGAUAGUGUCGUCGGCGGCCUCGCGAAUGUGACUCUUCCGCAGUUCUUCUCCUGGAACCCCAAUAUCAAUUCCCUCUGUCUGAAUGCGAUUUUCUUCAUUGGAUAUGAGGUGUGUGUGAGUCCCCCGAGUGGCUACUUGAAUCAGACUGCUGGUGGAUCCGACUCAAGCGCAACCGAAACUGGAGUAGCCACUGGCAUUGCAGCGGUCCCAACAAAUGCUAUGGACAAUAGCAACCGCAACUGCAGCCAGUGGUAUACGGUUCAAAAAGGCGAUGAAUGUGCCAAGGUCUCUCUCGCCCAUUCUAUCUCCCUUACCGACUUCUACUUCCUGAACCCAGAAAUCGACGCAAACUGCACAAACCUCCUGCUUGACGAGGCAUACUGUGUUAAGGCCGUUGGUUCAAUCACCAGCUACGCAAACUACACGGUGACUGGAGUAUUGCCCAUCACCGUCACGCCCGUCAACUUCACCAACGUGAAUACUGACAUACCUACGGCCACAAGCGAUCCUGGCUAUGUGUAUACGGGAGCGGCGCUCCUUCCCACCGCUUCGGGCACUAUCCCAGACUGCUAUGACUACGAAAAUCCUUCCAACUAUACUUCUGAGUGUGUGGCGAUGGCGACAUUUUGGGGCAUUACAAUGAAACAAAUGGUCACUUGGAAUCCAAGUCUUGUGAACAACGCAAGCACCUGUGAGCUCAACAAGGAAAACAGCUACUGCAUCCUGCGGUAUGAAAACAGCACUGCCUCAACGGAGGAUACUGAUAGUGGGCUCUGCCUUCCCAUGAAUGCUACGGAGGCUGGAACGGCAUUCAACUGCAAUUGCUUCACCUCCGUCGACCUGUCUUACUCUGACGUAUACACCUGCGACGACAUCAUUUACGAUUACAGCCUGACCAUGGACGACCUUGUGUCCUGGAACAGCUGGCUGGAAGGAGACUGUGACACUGCGCUCUAUGCCAGCCUAAAUGCCACGGAUGACCGCGCCAUCUGUAUUGGUGUCGGGUCUGCAGCUGCAACGACUACAGCCAGUGGAACUGCCACCCAAACCCCCACCACCACCUCCUCCUCCUCUUCCAUGGGGCCCACUCCAACCGACACUGUGUCGGGAUGCGAGAAGUUCUACACCACUACAAAGGGCGACGACUGUGCCACAGUCGAGACCAAGUUCAGCAUCACCCUUGCUCAAUUCUAUCAGUGGAACCCCAGUGUUGGCUCUACUUGUACCAAUUUGUGGCUAGGAGAAGCAUACUGUGUCAAGGGACCGGCAUCGACGACCAGCGCAACAGCAAGUGCACCCACUCAGACGGGAAUCGCGUCGAACUGCAACCAGUAUUACACGGUGGUGUCGAACGAUUCGUGCGCCAAGAUCGAGACCGCGUAUGGUAUUACUUUUGCUGAACUAUACAAGUGGAAUCCUGCGAUUGGAUCGGACUGUGAGUAUCUAGGAGUCGGGUACUCGGUGUGUGUGGGGGUUUCUUCAUAG